AUGCCGUACAUACUCACGAGCCAGGAGUGGCUCGCCCAGUCCGCUCUUCUCAUCGAAGCCCGCCCAACAACCGCUCGCGUCACCACAAAGUACAACAUCAAGCCCGCGAAAGCACGUACGACCAAGAAGGCGAAGAAGGAUGGCGACGACGACACAGCCAUGACGGACGCCGACGCCGCAGCACCAGCGACGAAGCCCCCUCGCGCGUCCCUGAUCAUCAAGACCUUCGACCCCCACUCGGGAGUGUGCCUCAAGUACAAGACCACCAAGGCCGCCGAGGUGUCGCGGCUCGUGCAGCUUCUGGGCUCCCUGGGCAGGAAGAUGGCGGCGCUGCCCGACGCGCCCGCGCCCUCGGUCGCCGCUGUCGACGACGAGGCUGCCGCUGGGACCGCGACCCCGCCGGCUGGUGGCCCCGGAGGCGCGGCGGGAGCAGGCCAAGCCGCACAGCAGGCGCAGGCCGGGGCGGGCGGCGGUGGUGCAGGGUAA